AAUGGAUAUUUACAUUUAGAGCAUUGUGGAAUAUAAUUUUAGCAUUGGGGAACCAACAAGCAAGUUGGGUUUUCUUUUUCUUUUGUGAAACCGACAAAGUUUAAAAUAAUAAAAAUAACAAUGUUAAGUAAUAGAAGAGGAUUUUUUUCUAUAUAUAAAAGUUCAUUGCCUAUGUUAAAGACAUACAUAGAUAUCUAAGGAGAAAAAAAUUUUGAGCUGAUUACAUUUAUGUGUUCCAUUUGUUUUAAUUAUCUGUAAUUUAGCUCGAUUAUUUUGAUUGUUCUUAUGAGACUGGCAAAGCAUGAGUUUUCACAGUUAUGAAUAUGAGAACCACCAUGGAAGUUGGAAAAUUGGCAAAUCGAUAUGCAACCCAGUUGCAGUUUUGCCGCCUCCAAAACCCCAUUUCAGAUUCUCUAGCUCGACACGUACAUGCCCACAUGAUUGCUUCUGGGUUUCGUCCACGUGGCCAUAUUCUCAACCGUUUGAUGGACAUCUACUGCAAAUCAUCAAAUUUGACUUAUGGUCGCAAACUGUUCGACCAAAUUCCUGAACCAGAUAUUGUUUCGAGAACGACAAUGAUUGCUGCCUACUCUGCUGCUGGGAGUCUUAAGUUAGCAAGGGAUAUAUUCUUUGCAACUCCAUUGAGCAUGAGAGAUACUGUUUUCUACAAUGCCAUGAUCACUUGUUGCUCUCAUAACAAUGAUGGCUUUGCUGCUAUUCAAACCUUUCAUGACAUGAGGCGGGCUGGUGUUGGGCCUGAUGAUUUUACUUUAUCCAGUGUUCUCAGUGCUUUGGGGCUUAUAGUUGACGAUGAAAAGCAGUGUCAACAAAUGCAUUGUGCAGUUGUGAAGAUUGGGUUGGGUUUUGUUACUUCGGUUUUGAAUUCAUUGAUAUCUGUUUAUGUCAAGUGUGCAUCGUCGUCAAUGGCCUCGUCAUCAUCGGCUUCAGUGAUGACUUCAGCUAGGAUUUUGUUUGAUGACAUGUUGGAAAAGGAUGAGUUAUCAUGGACAACGAUAAUUACCGGGUACGUGAAGUGCAACAACUUGGCUGCAGCUACGGAAUUUCUUGAUGGGAUGACUGAAAAGUUGGGAAUUGUUUGGAAUGCCAUAAUUUCGGGUUACGUGCACCAUGGCCGUUUUCAAGAAGCAGUGCAAAUUUACAGGAAGAUGCUUUUGAAGGGUGUUUCUCAGGACGAUUUCACUUACACGCAUGUCAUCAGUGCAUGUGCAAAUGGGGGUUUCUUUCAACUUGGAAGACAGCUACAUGCUUAUAUUUUAAGAACAGAAGCAAAGUCCACUCCAGAAUUCUCACUGCCAGUGAGUAAUGCAUUGGUUACGUUAUAUUAUAAAUGUGGUAAGAUGGAUACAGCAAGGAAGAUUUUCAAUAAGAUGUCUGUAAGAGAUGUUGUUUCAUGGAAUGCUAUCUUAUCAGGGUAUGUAGAUGCAAGGCAAAUCGAGGAUGCCAAAUCAUUUUUCAGUGAAAUUCCAGAGAGAAAUCUUCUAACAUGGACCAUAAUGAUAUCUGCUUUAGCACAAAAUGGAUAUGGAGAAGAAGCUAUAAAGAUUUUUAACCAAAUGAGAACAGAAGGUUUCGAACCCUGUGAUUAUGCAUUCGCUGGAGUGGUUAUAUCCUGUGCUGUUCUUGGGGCAUUGGAGAAUGGACGCCAACUCCAUGCUCAAGUAAUCCAUUUGGGGCAUGAUAGUAGCCUAUCAGCUGGAAAUGCACUUGUUACCAUGUAUGCGAAAUGUGGAGAUUUUGACUCUGCGGAGCUGGCCUUCCUUACUAUGCCUUAUGUAGAUUCAGUUUCUUGGAAUGCUCUAAUUGCUGCGUUGGCACAGCACGGUCGCGGUCGUCAAGCACUAGAACUUUUUGAACAGAUGUUGAAAGAAGAUAUCCAACCAGAUAGAAUAACAUUUCUCACAAUUCUUUCAGCUUGCAGCCACUCUGGUUUGAUCAAAGAAGGACAACACUAUUUUGAUUCUAUGUUGAGCACUUAUGGCAUUUCCCCAGGUGAAGAUCAUUAUGCCCGGAUGAUUGACUUGCUGUGUCGAGCUGGGAAUUUCUCAGAAGCAAGAAACUUGAUUGAUUCAAUGCCAUUCGAGCCAGGUGUGGCAGUCUGGGAAUCUCUUCUUUCUGGUUGUCGGACGCAUGGGAAUAUGGAUUUAGGAAUCGAAGCUGCUGAACGACUGUUUGAGCUGAGACCCCAGCAUGAUGGAACCUACGUGCUUUUGUCAAACAUGUAUGCCAAUGUUGGAAAGUGGGAUAAUGUGGCAAAAAUUCGGCAACUAAUGAGAGGACGAGGGAUCAAGAAGGAACCCGGUUGUAGUUGGAUUGAAGUUGAGAACAAAGUACAUGUUUUCUUGGUUGAUGACACUGCACAUCCCAGGGUUCAAGCCGUGUACAAAUAUUUAGAGAAACUGGGAUUGGAAAUUAGGAAGUUGGGAUAUAUCCCUGAUACAAAAUUUGUGUUACAUGACACUGAGUGUGAGGAGCAUAAAGAGUACGCUUUGUCUACUCACAGUGAGAAGCUUGCUGUUGCAUUUGGACUCUUGAAUAUUCCACAAGGAGCCACAGUUAGGGUCUUCAAAAAUCUUAGGAUUUGUGGAGAUUGCCAUAACUUUUUUAAGUUCCUAUCAAGAGUGGUGGAGAGGGAACUUGUUGUCAGAGAUGGGAAGAGGUUUCAUCAUUUUAGAAACGGUGAAUGUUCUUGUGGCAAUUAUUGGUAGACUAACAGUUUUCUCCACAUUUAUUUAUUUUUUUAAAAAAUGGGCCAUUUGAUUCAAAAACUAAUUUUAUUAAGAUAGGAAAAACAUCAAAUGUUAUAAAGAGAUAUAGGAUUUUGGCUUAUGACAGUCAUGGCAUCAGCCUGCAAAACAAGGAAUCAUACUUUUUUACUAUUAUGUAAACUUUUUACUAUAGAGAGACUCAAAGGAAUUGAAUUUUCCAUGUUUUGAAGAUGGUAGUCAAGGAGACACAUUUUGCUGUUUUAACAUUCGUAUACAAAUUCUCUUAUUAAUCCCAAGAAAAGUAAAGAAUAUGCCUAAUCUUGGGCACAGUUGGAAAUGUGAAACUACUUUUUUUUUUCUUCCAAAAGGAUACAUGUGGAUGAACUGGAAUUUAAAGAAGUGGGUAUUGAUAUUGUUAGUUUUAUUCUACACAAUGAGGAAGUGGUCCAAAGUGUGUUAAAACAAUUAUAUCGGUUGAAAAACUUGUAUGGAUUAAGGUCCUCUUGUUUUUAUCAAGGCCUUUGGAAAUCAUGUCUACAGUUCUCUUGAAUUGAUGGAUUAAGGUUAUAUAUUGUUCAUCAUGGCUAAAGGAGUUCAUGACAACUCCCCCUGAUAACUAGCAAUUAUUUGUUUCAAAUAUUGAAGAUUGAGCUAAUGUAUUUCUUUCUUUAUUAUGAUUAGACAUUUAUUACAACAACAAUCAUUGCUUUACAUUAAAACAAAAUAAAGUACUCGAACAACCUAAUACAUAUAUUACUCAGAAAACAAGUAGCAAAGCUAGCUAAAUAUGUGAGCAAACCUAUUUCCGGAAACUCAUGGAAAUAGUAAACUAGCUUAGUUAAUAACUUAAUACAAACUUAACCCGGGAGCUCCCUUGCGGCUGCAGCUUAUACAAAACACUGCAAAAGUCACACCAAGUUCCCUCCUUAACAAAUGGACUUGUAUCUAAAUAUAGCAUCCCAUAUUGUACCAAGCAACCAUUUAGGCAGCUAACCACUAGAAAGCAACUAUCCUCAUUAAUCGUCAUGAUCUUCGAGUGCAGUUAGGAUCAUCC